AGGAGGAGGAGGAGGUCCGUGUAGUCCUGGCUCUGGCUGCUGCCUUUAGCAUUAGCAGUGAGGCGGAGGCGCAACAAGCUCAUUGAACGCCCCGAAAAUAAGAAACUCUCUCUCGGGUUUUAAACCCCUCAGACGUUUUUUUUUUUUUGGGAAUAAGACAAACUCUUUAUGGGUCUGUACCCCCGGAGUAACAGUAGAAGCUGACGGUGAACAGGAAAAUAUGGUGAUGGCGUGGUCAUGUGUGCAGCCUGCGCUGUGUGUGUGGAGAUGGUUGUAACAGACGCUGUUCUGGAGGACUCAGGAACACUGCACUGGCCUGGAGAAGCCUCAGAAACAAGCAAACACGCUCCACGCUGAAAGAUUUAACGAACACACUCCACCGCUGUGCCGUGAAAAAGGACACACGCACGCACGGACACGCAACACUAGCUACUUCGCCUGAAGUGCAUCAACACUAUUAUUAUCGCUGUGCAUUUUAUUUCUUCCCAUCUGUCUCACCAUCACCGCCACCAUGCCAAGCACAAUCCGCCGGCAGAUGAAGAACAUGGUCAACAACUACUCUGACGCCGAGAAGAAGGUCAGGGAGGCCACGUCCAACGACCCCUGGGGGCCGUCGUCCUCGCUCAUGUCCGAGAUCGCCGACCUCACCUACAACGUGGUGGCCUUCAGCGAAAUCAUGAACAUGAUCUGGAAGCGACUCAACGACCACGGCAAGAACUGGCGCCACGUCUACAAGGCGCUCACCCUGCUCGACUAUCUGAUCAAGACGGGCUCGGAGCGCGUGGCGUUGCAGUGCAAAGAGAACAUCUUCGCCAUCCAGACCCUGAAGGACUUCCAGUACAUCGACCGAGACGGCAAAGACCAGGGCAUCAACGUCCGGGAGAAGAGCAAGCAGCUGGUGGUGCUGCUGAAAGACGAGGACCGCCUGAAAGGAGAGAGGUCUCAGGCUCUGAAGACCAAAGAGCGCAUGGCCCAGGUCUCCACCGGCAGCAGUCAGAUGGGCUUCGGCCGAGGAUCGUCUCAACCCAACCUCUCCACUUCCUACAGCGAGGAGUACGGCAGAUCAGAGGGCUCGCCGGCCUCCUACCACGGCUCCACAUCUCCUAACGCGGGUUCAGAACUGGAGCAGGCCAGACCUCAGACCAGCGGGGAGGAGGAGCUGCAGCUGCAGCUGGCCCUGGCCAUGAGCAGAGAGGCUGCAGAGCAGGAGGAGCGCAUACGCAGAGGGGACGACCUGAGACUACAGAUGGCCUUGGAGGAGAGUAAGAAAGAAGGACCCGGCUCGGCCAAGCUGCCCAAGAAGAAGAAAGAGCCGCUGCCGUCUCUCAUGGAUCUCAUGGACGUCCCAGAGCCUGGUGCCAGCGCCGACCCGUGGGGCGCUGGAGCUGGAGCUGGAGCCGGAGCCGGAGCCGGGGCGGUGGCCGGAGCUGGAGCUGGUUCAUCAGACCCAUGGCAGCCUUAUGGAUCUGCCCCUAAACCAGCCGCCCCCGUGGACCCAUGGGGGGCUCCUCCUUCUGUCCCACCCUUGAAGAGCACCGAUCCCUGGGCAGCGAACUCCACCCCCGCCUCGGACCCCUGGGGCUCCGCUGCUGCCCGCCCCAAGACUUCCAACACAGGAAGCUUUGACCUGUUCAGUGCAUCCAACGGUACGUCCAAAGAAGACUUCUCAGAGUUUGACAGCCUGCGCUCUUCCUCCUCUGUCCCCACUGGUGAGGGGGGCAUAACGGCCUCCGUCCCCUCCCAAGCCAGCCUGGCUAGCAGCGGCAGCCUGGACCUGUUCGACCCUCUGCCCACCUCGACAUCUUCCAACCCCAUCAGAAAGACCCCCGAGUCCUUCCUGGGUCCCAACGCUGCCCUGGUCAACCUGGACUCCCUGGUGACCAAACCAGCCCAGCCGGCCCCCGUCGUCAACCCCUUCCUGGCCUCCACAGGUGGGCAACAGACACCGGGACAGGGUGGUGCUGCCCCGUCUGCGACCCCCCUGGCCAACCCCUUCCAGGUGAGCCAGCCGGCCCCCCCCACCCUGAACCAGAUGCGUGUCAGCCCGAUGCCCGCCGGCUUUGGCUCCAUGCCGGAGCCCCUGAGCCUGUCCUCGGUGCCCGCUCAGCCCCUCACCAUGGUGCCCAUGGCGGGGAUGGCCCCCAUGGGCCGCAUGGUGCCCGGGAUGGGGGUCGGCGCCGUGGGAGGGGUGGGGGCGAGCCCGGGCAUCCCGGCCUCCAUGUCUAUGCCCCAGCCGCUGAUGAGCAUGCCCCCCCAGGCCGGGACACAGCCCACCGGAACCACCAACCCCUUCCUCUUGUGAGAGGGUGACUGGGGGGCAACUUGACCCAGAGUAACCCCCUCCCUCUCUUCACCCGGGCUUCUCAAGAAGCGUCAAGAUGAACAAUGAGAUGUUUUAUCCCAUUUAUCCAUUUAUAACCUAUCCACCCCCCCACACUCCCACCCCCUCCCUGUCAUCUCCCUAUGCUACAAGCUGCCUAGUCCUGUGUGACCUGGACCCCUCCCACCACCACAAACCCUUAGCAACUGUCUACAGACUUUUUAAAGAGUAGCAGUGGAGUUUACAGGUUUUCCACCGAGGCAGGACGGGACCCACUCACUCCCCCCUCCCCAUGUCCUCCCCUCAACCCCCCCUCACCCACCUCACUUCCUCCCCCCUUAGGACUGCUCCUCCUCUCUUCUUCUGUGGUGGAGUGACAGAAGAGUCUGACUGUACUAACGCCAGGAUCUUAUCUCUUCACCAGAGCUAAUCUUUUCUAAGCCCCGUCAGCUGGUGUGAGUGUGUGUGUGAGUGAGUGUGUGUGUGUGAGUGUGUGUGUGUGAGUGUGUGUGCGAGUGCACAUCUCAGUACUUUAACACUGUGUUUCUUCCAGUGAGUUUUACUUCCACACACUGGAGCUGGGGAUGAGAGCUGGUCAGACGUGUUUAUACUCUGUGUGAAUGGACGUGUUACAAACAAAAGCAGGAAUUUUGCACAAUUUUUUGCUUCUUCUAUAUUUUGUUUUUCUUUCUGCGACUGUUGGACUCACCGUUACACCUUAGCUUAGGGAGGAAGUCUAAAAAACGAAACACUCACUGCCUCGGCUCCUCACGGUACCACUCGGUUACAGCUCCCCCCCUCUCCCCCUCCCUCCCCCCGCCUCACCUUCAACCUCCCCCCCUUCAACGAUGAACUUUGACCUGGACCGGGGUGACGGGGGCUCACAGCUCCUCUGAGAUGAACCCUUUUGUGUUGAUAAUGCAGGUGAACUGUCACCGCUCACGUACUAACAGCCACCGAGUGUUUUAGAGGAAGGAGCUGCGAUGGCGUCAGUAUUUUAAUUUUUUUUUCUUUUGUGAUGUGAACAAACGGAUGCAGCGAAGGCGUCCUGGGACAAGAGUUUCUUUUUGUUUUGUUGUUUUUUAAGUUUCUAGGGUCAAAGGGAUGCAGGCUUCGUGUGUGUGUGUGUGUGUGUGUGUGAUCUGCAUGAGAGGUAGCUUCCAAGUGUACUUUAACUUUAACGAGCAUCUAUUUAGCUUCUGAGGCAUCAUUACUGUUCUUAGAGAGGAGAGAUUUAAAGAGCGAGCCGCGCAGCCUUGGGAGGAGUUCACCUCCGACUGGAUUUACCUCGACUAAUCUUAAUCUGCAAGAUCAUCAGCGAGAGGACACACACACAAACACACACACACACACACACUCCAACGGGAUCAGUCUAUUGAUAGCGCAGGGAAUCCCACAAGCAAACACCUUUUUUUGUUUGUUUUUUUUACUGGUUACUUAUUUAGUUGUUAUUUACUGUUGUAGCUGCGUCGUCUUUAUUCUCUUUCUCGUUUCUUUCUGUCUAGUUUUGGGUUGAUGGGGCUCGUGGGAUUCUCUUAGAAGCACAACUAUUACCAAAGUCCCAGCGACUUUGAUUUCUGAGGCCGAUCUUGGAGUUUAUUUGGACAUUGAGUUGUUCUUUUUCCUUUCCGUUGAUGGAUGAUAUGAGACUCCAGCGUUUUUUUAUAUUGUUUGACGUUUUUGUUGAGAAAGCGUUUGGUCGCGGGAAGUUGAUGAAUUUGCGCCCAAGUCUCCCGUCAACGUAACUGCCAACGUUAACCCCCCGUCAUGGUUUCCACUUCUCUCAGGCAAAUGGAGGGGCAGCUCCAGUGCUGCGUGGUGCUGGUUGGUGCUGGUUGGUAGUGGGGUCCUGAUUGAAUGAACUGGCAGACCAGCAAACAUUUUUAACCGCUAACUAAAAUAUAUGCAACAAUCGGAGCAGAUGAGGAAAAGGAGUCGUGAUGAACUGAAUCGUCACUUCCUCGCUGGCCUUUAUUUCACUGCGGCCUGACCUUUGACCUCCAGAGAUGGAGCUGAAGCAGGAGGGAGGAGCGGACGGGUGGCGGUGGCGGUGGUGCAGUGGAGACGUGGCCUCCUGUGUGUUGUGUACUCACUCUGCUUCUAAUGGAGAGGACUAACCCACCGUUCAGGCUGUCUGGUCUGUAUAUACUCAAACAGCCUCCUUCUUUCUUUCUCUCGUCUGUCUCGUUCCUCUUCUCAUCGUACUGGGAGCAGGCUGCUUUUUUAUCGGAUACGUGCUCAACCCGUUGGCAUUAUAACUGUAUAAUAUAAUUUAUCAUUUGUACUAUUGUAACAUACUGUUCUUCUGUAUACCUUAUUAUUCUGUGUACUGGGUUUUUUUUGUAGGAAAAAGUCAUUGUUGUAUUUUAACGGCAUCUAAACAAAAAGAGCAGCGGGACGAGGACGAGUGUAGCUGCAUCGGUUCAAAAUAAAACGUGUUAUCACUUCAGCUGUCA